AUGUACACUAAUUAACUAAUAUAUGGAGAUUAUUGUGUGUAUUUAACAGAAACUAUAGGAUCAGGGACCUAUGGUAAGGUCUAUGGGGCUAAAUAAAUAAGCACAGAUCAUCUAAUAUGUGUUAAAGUAUAAAAUAAUAUAAAUCAGAUAAUCAAACUAACUAAUGAGAAUGAAAAGUUGUUGGAGAGAGAAACUUAAAUUUUAACUAAACUCAAAGAAUUCGACAAUCCCCAUUUGAUUAAAAUAUAUCAUAUUUUGAAAUAGAAUAGCAAGGUCUAUAUAUUUAUGGAGAGGUGCAAACAAACUUUGAGUGACUAUAUUUUGAACAGAAAGAGAUAGAAAUAAUUAUUAUCACUUUUAGAAAUCACAGAUAUAGCUAAAUAGAUUAUAGAUGGUUAUCGUGAUCUCUAUUCUCACAACAUUAUCCAUAGAGAUCUCAAGCCUGAGAAUGUCUUAGUUGGAAAAGAUAACUAAAUUAAAGUAAUGAACAAUUUAAUUUAAGAUAUGCGAUUUUGGGUUUGGAAAGAUUCUGAAUUUUGAUACUCAAUUCGUCGUCUAGACAAUUAUUGGUACUCCAUUAUACAUAUCACCUCAAGCAUUAAUGACUGGCAAAUAUACAUCCAAAACUGAUGUCUUUAGUGUAUGUUUUUACUUAAAAAUAGUUCGGAUUGUUAAUGUACUUCCUUAUCUUCUAAGAUAAUUAUUUUAAUGUUCGCACUUAUGAUUAAUUAAUUUAAAAAAUGAAUGUUUUGGACAAGGAAUACUCUAUAAAGUAAUUCAAUAAUUAAGGAUGUGAAUCAGAUUCUACAUUUCUACAAUAUAUAUUGAGUGGAUGUAUAAAAUACCAUGAGAAAGAUAGAUUUCAUUGGGAGCAGUUAUUUGAAAUCUUUGAUUAAAUUUCCUUUUGUAAACCUAGAUGUCAUACUGACAAAUAAUAAAUUCUCAAUUCUCAUUCCCUUGAGAAAAACCUUUAAUCACAAGAUUAACAAACUACAGCAAACCAACAAAUCAAUUAAAAACCUCCUUUGAAGUAGAAAUCUGAGAAUGGGACUCUAUUUAGGAGAUUUCAUAAUGUGUAAUCUAUUAAAAAAGGCAUGUAUUUAAUCGAUUUAUAUCAGAUUCUAUGUAAAGAGGAAGAUAAAAUAAAUCUUAGGAGAAUAAUAAGAAUAAUUAAGUAAAAUCAAGUGACAAUUCCCCUGAAAAUUUAGAUUUAAGAGAGACUCAAACUCCUGAAAGAAUCCAUAAACCAUCCUAAAAUAAUUAUGCAACUUUAGAUAGUGCCAAUAAAUAAAUAAAUUAUUCUAAUGAGAAAGAUAAUAGAACACAGAAAAAUAAGUUUAAAAUCUCAUUAUAGUAAAACAAAUAUACACCAAAAUCUUGCAAAUCGGAAACUGGUUCUUAAUUAAAAUAAAAUUUCUGUAACUUAGACAAUAAAAGGGAAGACAAUAAAAAAUAAUAAUUGGAUAAGAGAGAAUCAAUAACAUAGAAUAAUCAACAAUAUAAAACAUUACCAGAUCUUAAUUAUGAAAAACAACUACUUCAAAAUAACUAUUUUAAAUAACAAUAAUCUUUUUAGAAUAACGAUUGUAUGAUAGUUAAAAAGAAGGUUGUCAUUUCAAAGGAUAAUUAUGAAAUAAAUGUUAUUAUUUUAAAACUAAUUUUAAAGGGAUAUUUGGCUAAAGCAUAAUUGGCUGAAAAUUUGUCUUAAAGUUUGGGUAGGUUGAUGUAAAUUUUGGAUUAUAAAUUAGAUUUAUUUCGAUUUCUCAUAAUUAAUUAUCAAUUAUCAGUUCUAUAAAAUAUAUAUUCAUUUAACAACUCAGAAAAAAAUCUAUUGUAAUAUCCCUUAUAGAAUCAAUUGAAAUAAUAUAUAGAUCCAAUUAAUUACAUUUUAGAUGAUCGCUUUAGGGAUAUGAUGACUAAUGUAAAAGCAGUAUUAUAAAAGUUAACAUUAAGAAGCUAAGUAAAUAUUUAUAUCAUGAUUGAAGUUGCCAGCUAAUUAACUUAAUAAAACUUUGAUGGAAAAUGUGUAGUAUAAUUUAGAAGAUGUUAUUGAGUUGAUUUAAACAAAUGCAAUUAAAUAUAAUUAUGAAAGCAUUGUAGAAUCCUACAGAAAUCAUUAUCAUAAAUUCUUGGAAUAACACUCAUAUGAUUUAAGUUAGUUUAAAUCAGAAGACCUGCUCAAGUAUAUAAUAAGAAAAUGAAAUUAGGUUCUUGGGUUAUUCUACAAAAUUCAUUCAAAGUGAAACUCUUUACUCUAUUGAGAAACUGAAGACUAUUAAUCACCAAGAAAUUUCAAGUUUAUCUGGUAAUUCUCAGAUUUUAGAAAAGUUUAUUAAAGAGAAUUGCAACAAAAACCUAAAACUUUGA